AUGAAUUGUAUAACUUGUUUUGGUGGUGGUAUUUUUCUUGGUGCAUGUUUACUUGAUUUAUUACCUGAAGUUGUUCAUCAUAUUAAUACAACAAUUAAAAAUGAAUUUCAAUAUGAUAAUCAAAAAUUAAAAUAUUAUCCUAUUGCUGAAUUCUUAAUUGGUUGUGGAUUGUUUUUAGUUUUAUUUAUUGAACAAAUAAUUAUAUCAUUUCGUACAGUUUCAAUACAUUCAAUAGGACAUAUGAAUAAAAAAUCACCAAUAAUAAUGUCACAUGAAGAUGAUGAAACAUCAUUAACAAAUAUACAUGAUCAAGAUCCAUUAAUAAAUCUAGAUUCACCUAUUGAAAAUCGUUUUGAAAUAAAUGAACAUAAAGAUAAUUUAAUGACAAAUAAAAAUCGUUUAUUAAUGACAAGAAAUUUUAUUUUAAUAGUUUCUUUAAUUAUUCAUUCAAUAUUUGAAGGUGUAGCACUUGGCUCAAGUAAUGAAUAUAAAACAUUUAUUGAAUUAUUUUUUGCUAUUAUUAUUCAUAAAUCAAUAAUUGCAUUUAGUGUUGGAUUAAAAUUAAUGUAUAUGACUAAUAAACGUUUUAUUUAUUUUGCUUGUUUUUUAAUUUCAAUUGCAACACCUAUUGGAAUUUUCUUUGUAAUUAGUAUGGAAGAAUUAUUACCAGAAAAUCUCAUGGCAAAAAUAUUUCAUGAAAUUUUACAUGCUUUUGCAUGUGGAACAUUUUUUUAUAUUACAUUUUUUGAUAUUUUACCAAAUGAAUUAAAUAUGUCUACAUAUUAUCGACAGAAUUCAUCAAAUAUUCCAAAUCAUUGUCGUAUUGUUAAAGUUAUUUGUGUAUUUAUUGGCUUCACUUUUAUUGGUCUAUUAUCGUUGGUGAUGAAAUAA